UCCCACCUUGUCCACUCAUCCACAAGGUUGCUGAAGCUCACCUCACUUUUUAACAACACUCUGCACUGGAUUGUCUCCCUGGAUUAUAUUAUAAUCCCUUCGUGAGUUCUGAUGCCUGCAGGGGUGACAGUUUGGAUUAUUAUCAAGUGAUAAUGAUGCUUUCCCAGUGCUGAUUCAGGGUGUGAGCGCUGGAGGCAAGGACAGAAAGAGAGACACCUCCAGCGACACUGACUGAGUGACAGGCCAGACAUCUACACUGCAGUCCCAGGUCAACCAUCAAGAGACGAAGUGGAAACAGGCCUGGUGAUACAGACGUGCUGUUUGUAAGGAAUCUGGUCCCAGACUGAACAACUUGAUGGUUAUAAUAAGCUAAACAAAACAGACUGAAGCCAAGGCUGAGAUGGAAUUAAGACUGGGAUUUAGGAUCACCCUGGUCUUGGUCAUCCUUGCCUUGACUCUUUCCAGUGAGAAGGUGGAAGCACAAAGAGCAGGUUGUAAAAACGUCCACUAUGACUUGGCUUUUAUCCUGGAUACCUCAUCCAGUGUUGGAAAGGAGAACUUUGAGAAGAUUAGGCAAUGGGUGUCUAACCUGGUGGAGUCUUUUGAUGUAGCACCUGACAAGACAAGAGUAGCCGUGGUUCGCUACAGUGACAGACCAACCACUGAGUUCAACCUAGGGCAACACAAGACCCUGGAAGAUGUGAAGCGAGCUGCAAGCAACAUACGCUACCUGGGGGGAAAUACAAUGACUGGGGAUGCUAUCAACUACACAACCAGCAACAUCUUCACAGUGCAGAAUGGAGCGAGGCCGGUCGCCAGAGGCAUUCAGAAGGUAGCCAUUCUUCUCACAGAUGGCCGAAGCCAGGAUUAUGUUUUGGAGCCGUCCAAGAAAGCUGCCAAAGCGGACAUCAGGAUGUUUGCUGUGGGCAUAGGGGAGGCUCUGAAGGAGGAGCUGGAAGAGAUUGCAGCGGAGCCAAAGAAGGCCCAUGUUUUCCACGUUACAGACUUCAAUUCCAUUGACAAGAUCAGGGACAGGCUGAGGAGGAGGCUGUGUGAGAAUGUGCUGUGUCCAAAUAUGAAGGUUCAACCUGAUCGGUUUAAGCCCGGCAGCACCAGUUAUGGUCUUGAAGAGGUUCCAGGAUUUGACCUGAUGGAGUAUUUCAACGUGAGAGAUAUUCUGGGAGCCAGAGAUGAAGAUGGACAAAGUUCAUAUGUUCGCCUUGGCACCAUGCCUAUAGUACAAAACACAGAAGAUGUGUUUCGUCAAGGGCUGCCAGACGAAUAUGCCUUUGUGACCACAUUUAAAUUCAGGAAAACCUCGAGGCGUGAAGACUGGUACCUCUGGCAGAUUUUUGACAAAUAUGGAAUUCCACAGGUGUCCAUCCGUCUAGACGGUGAGAACAAGGCAGUGGAGUACAACGCUGUGGGCCUUACAAAAGAUGCUGUGAGGGCUGUGUUCAAAAACCCUGAAGUCGACAACCUGUUUGACCGCAACUGGCACAAGAUUGCCCUCAGUGUGGAGUCCAAGUCUGUGUCUCUGUACUUGGAUUGCAAGCACAUCCAGACGCUGCCGAUAGAAGACAGAGAGGACAUUGAUAUCCAGGGGAAGACAGUGAUUGGGAAAAGGCUGUAUGACAGUGUGCCAAUUGAUUUUGACCUCCAGAGAAUGAUGAUUUACUGCGAUUCCAAGCAUGCCGAGCUGGAAACCUGCUGUGAUCUACCUAAUGGGCCUUGCCCUAAGACGGUUGUGACAGAGGCUCCCCCUUACAAGAUCCCUACGCCAACACCUACCAGUGCUGAGCAACAACGAGGCCCUCAAGUGAACUGCUCCUGCCCUGCUGGAGAAAAGGGUCGCAUGGGUGCACCCGGUGUUGCAGGUCCUAAGGGUGAAAAGGGUGACACUGGCCCUAAGGGUGCUAUCGGACCACCUGGACUCAAAGGAGAAAAAGGACAAAGUGGCAGUAUAAACUCUGUCAAAGGUGGCAGAGGUGAGAAGGGUGAUAGAGGCAGCAUAGGGUUGACAGGUCCUCCUGGACAAAAAGGAGAGAAGGGAGUUGGUGGAAUCCCAGGCAUUGAUGGUUUAACUGGAGACAAAGGCGACACAGGUGAAGCAGGACUGGCUGGUGAUCCAGGGCUACCAGGUCCAGCUGGACCGAGGGGUCUUCAAGGGGAUGCUGGAAUUCCUGGUGCACCAGGGCCAAAAGGUGUCACUGGUGACUCGGGUACAAAAGGUGAAACGGGAACACCGGGAACCAGGGGUGAGCCAGGUCUUGAUGGAUUAACUGGAAAGCCUGGCUUUCCUGGGAAGGAUGGUUUGAGAGGUCUGACUGGAGUACCUGGGCCCAACGGGGUUAAAGGUGACAAGGGGGAGAGAGGUCUUCCCGGAUUACCUGGGGAUGCGGUACAAACAGAAGGUUUACGGGGUGAGAAGGGUGAGCCUGGACCACAAGGGCCUCCAGGUGCUGAAGGACAUCCAGGGCCUCCUGGUCCUCCUGGUGAACAAGGUUUACCCGGUAACCCUGGAGAAUUUGGCCAGAGGGGAAGGAAAGGUGAAGGUGGACUCCCAGGGGUGGAUGGCCUUCCUGGACCUGCUGGUCCUCAGGGUCCACCUGGACCACCAGGAAACCAAGGAAACACUGGACCUCCUGGUCUGCCAGGUGAAAUUGGAUUUCCAGGCAAACAGGGAGAGGCUGGAAAACCUGGUAUUCCUGGUAAAGAUGGCCUGGAUGGUGUUCCUGGAAGUGACGGUGCCAUGGGGCUCAGGGGCGAGCGUGGAGCAGAUGGUUUUCCUGGCAAGCCUGGACCCAAGGGCGACGAAGGGCCUCCUGGACCAAGAGGACCUCCAGGGGAGAGAGGGGAAGCUGGUGCUCCUGGACAGCUAGGUACUGCUGGAGCACGAGGUGACCGAGGCGUGCCGGGAGAGAGAGGACAGACAGGACCAGUUGGGCCAAAAGGUGAAAAAGGCGACAAGGGUGAAGUGGGAGCUAUGGGACCGCCGGGCAUUCCGGGAAAUGUUGCAAACGUCAUUCCUGAGCCUGGUGAACCUGGGAGACCUGGAGAGAAAGGAGAGAAAGGGGAACAAGGGAAACCAGGAGAGAUGGGUCCAAGAGGACUACCUGGUGAGCAAGGUUUUAAGGGACCACCUGGACUACCGGGCCCAAAGGGUGAGACUGGACUCACUGGAGAGACCGGGCGUGUUGGAGACCCAGGUCCACCUGGCGUAGCUGGCCUUCAGGGUCCCCGUGGACUACCAGGAAGUGUGGGCAUACCGGGAAUUAUUGGGCCUCCAGGUCCAGCUGGACAAAGAGGAGACAAGGGGGAACCUGGAAAACCAGGACAACAAGGUCUCGCAGGACCACAUGGAGAGCCUGGUUUGCCUGGACCUCCUGGACUACCAGGGAAGGGGAAAGAUGGACAAAAUGGAGACCCGGGGCCACAGGGAAUCCAAGGACCCCCAGGGCUGAAGGGUCAACCAGGGUCAAGAGGAGAACCUGGGUUACCAGGGGACAGGGGUCCUGCAGGAGAAGGCAAAGUAGGACAAACGGGACCUCCAGGACAAACUGGACCAUCUGGACCUGUGGGUUUGAGGGGUCCACCAGGUGUCGCUGGUCCUCAAGGCCCAGCAGGUCACAAUGGUCUGCCAGGAAGGCCAGGAGAAAAGGGCUCACCAGGAGAGCCUGGAAAAGCCCCAGACUUUGACCCAAAGGAGUUUUGCUCAGACUGCCCUGCAGGACCACCGGGACCACCUGGACUCCCAGGAAUCCCAGGAGAUAAAGGACAACAGGGACCUGCUGGGAAAAAUGGAGAAGAUGGAUACCAAGGCCCGCCAGGACUAGCCGGACCUCCAGGGGCCCCCGGAGCCGAUGGAGGAAAGGGUGUAAAAGGUGAUCGAGGACCUGCUGGAAACCCCGGAGACAAAGGGGACAAGGGUCACCCGGGGCCUCCUGGUCAUCCAGGUCCUCCUGGAUUAAUGGGUACACCUGGUAACGAUGGGUUGCCUGGGCCUGCGGGCCCCCCAGGACCCCCUGGAGAAAAGGGCAAAGAGGGUCUCAAAGGAAUCCAGGGACCACCAGGGCUUCCUGGCUUGAUAGGGCAGCCUGGCAAAAUGGGAAAAGAUGGCAGACCAGGUGAACCAGGAGAACCUGGCAAACAAGGUGAAACUGGACCCCCAGGAAACUCAGGGCUCAGGGGACUCCCUGGCUUCAAAGGCCACAGAGGAGAACCUGGAGCUCCAGGAACUAAGGGAGAAGAUGGAAAGCCGGGAUCACCUGGACGUGACGGUAAAGCUGGGAAAGAGGGUCUUCGGGGACCUCCAGGGCCAGAAGGACUUUUAGGCCCAAGAGGAGAGCCGGGCAAGCCGGGUGAACCGGGACCGUCAGGAAAAUCAGGUCUCCCCGGAACACCGGGUCUCAGGGGAGACAAGGGCGAGCCGGGCAAUCCAGGGUUACCAGGCUUCAGUGGACCUAAAGGCCCCUCGGGUCCGCCCGGUCCAAUUGGCCCAGAAGGAAAACAGGGUGUGCCGGGCAGAGCUGGUGAUCGCGGUAUCAAAGGAGAGAAGGGAGAUCCAGGUACAAAGGGAGAUAAAGGGCAGUCAGGAGAGCCAGGUAUGCCGGGAAACCCUGGUCCCCCUGGCAGGAAGGGCCACACGGGGAUGAUGGGCAUGUCAGGACCACAAGGAGAAAUCGGAGCCCCAGGGCCACAAGGACCUUCAGGAAACCCUGGCCUUCCAGGGCCCAGGGGAGAGUCAGUGUCACUGGAACAGAUGAGGCGGCUCAUCCAGGAGGAGCUGGCCAAACAGCUGGAUGCCAAAUUAGCUUAUCUCAUGGCUCAGAUGCAGCCAGCACAUGUGAAAAGCACAGCGGGCCGCCCCGGACCUCCGGGCCCUCCGGGUAAAGAUGGCGGCUCUGGACGCCCUGGGCCCCCUGGAGAACCUGGGAUGCCCGGACAGAAUGGAGGAGAAGGACCCAGGGGACCCAUGGGCCCUAAGGGUGAGAAAGGAGCAACGGGAGAGAAGGGAGACCCCGGGAUUGGUGAAAGAGGAGAGCCAGGUCCUGCUGGACCCAUAGGCCCAGCAGGUAUGCCUGGUUACGGCAAAGACGGAAGCCCGGGACAAGCCGGAGCCCAAGGAGAGCCAGGAAACCCCGGCCCCCACGGUCAGCCUGGACCUCCGGGCCCUGCUGGCCAGUGCGACCCAACCCAGUGUGCCUACUAUGCCAGCCUGGCACAACGGCCCCACAACAAAAAUGUGAAGGGGACUUAAAGAAGAAGAGCCAAGCAGAGUUGGGAGACCAGCUGUAUUUAUGAACUUAAUCAAGAAUCAAGAACUUUUUUUUUUUUUGUUAACCUCAGUACAGACGGCUGAAGCCACAGGUGCUGCCGGUCAGAUUCUAUGUUUUGAUUUUGGUACGACGCUCGGGAUGGAUGGGGAUUAAGCAACGUGGGAGUUUCUUUCUGAUCUAAUAUGGGAUAAAGAGGGCAGCUAGUUUUUUUCCCUCACUUGCAUGCUUCCUGUAAAUAUAUAGGAAGAUAACACGGAUGGCACGGCCCGAACAUCAGGAGUAAAGAUCCUGCUAUUCGAUAUUAUAUCAUUUCAUCAGUAAUCAUCUCAGUCAGGUGCUUCGCUGCUUGCCUCACACCGUUCUGCAUCAGCCACCCUUCACAAGUUAGCAUCAGGCAGCACGUGUCAUUCACUGCUCACUGAGUCAGUGAAUGACACAGUCGCAGUAAUUACUCAGUGUCACUUUUCCGGCCAUUGAUUGGGAGAAAACGGUGGCAGACGGUGAGAUGCAAACAGCAGCAGUGGGUUUUGUGUCGGUUCGAGUGAUGAAUCAAUUGCAUUUCAUCCACAGCAGCAUGUAUGUUGUUAUAUCGCAUUUGUUUUUGGUGACACACGGAUGCAAAAACAAACGGAAAAAUAAAAUGUCUUUUAGAGAAAUGCGCCUUUAAAAUAGUGCAGUUUGUUUGGUUCAUUUAGACAGGUAGGAAACAAGAUUUUAUUCUGGGAAUAAACUGAAGGCGGCAGGAAUGGCCUCUUUGUCACAACCCACAAAUUAGCAUCUCUGCAAUGUCAUUUCAUGCUUUGGUGAGAUUUGAAGGAUUUCAUUCCAGAAGUCUUGUUUGUAUUUGUGCAUGUGACAUUUAAGGGUGGAUAUCUAGGGUUUUUUUUGUGUUUUUGUAAGGACUUCAUUUAAGUUUGCUCUUUUGACCAUGAAUAUAUGCCAUGUAAUGAUUUGUUCCAGAAGAUAAGACAGCAAACAGUGUCGCUGUUAGAUUUGUGCUUUCAUGUUUAAUGAAGCGGCUCCGGUCACUCUCUCUGAGCUACACAUAGACCUGAACAGCAAACAGCUUUGAGGAGGUGGUGUAAUUGCAGCCUUUGUUCACCUUUCUUGAAAAGCGGCCUAUUUCACUCCGCUUUCCCUAAACCUGUCACUUCCUCUCUGUCUCUGUGAUGCUUAUUAAGUGCCUGUAGCUCUGGCCUGCUCUAAAACACACACUGUUCUUAUUUGUACCCUGAAACCUGAAACUGGAGAGCCGAUCUCUUGCAUCUUGAUGAUCGGACUGUUGUGGUAACAGUUUGAACAAUCCCUUUGUCUUAUGUCCCUCACGGACCAAUUAGAGUUCCUCCCAACCUCAGACACCUUGGUUAUCUAGAACCAAUUAAAAAUAAUGUUCGUUUUAAAAGAACAAAGAAACUCCUUCAAAUAAAGACGAAUAAAAGCAUCUGAAUGUGAGCUUGACAGAUCUUACAGUAUGAUCUAAUGGCUGAUUAUACUUUGUCAUUAUCUCUGUCUCAGGUUACAUAACACAAGAUCAUUUAUGAAGAGAGUGAAGACAGAGCUUUGACAGCACUUAGGUUUGUGUGGUGAAGCUGACAGGAGCUUUCAGCUUGACCAAUAUUUCUGAGGCUGUUCUAGAGGCCGUUUUCAUAAACAGUUGAGUUAAAGUUAGUCUGUCAGUUUUGGAAAAUGGAAAUACAUCAUUGUCAUAUUGCAAAUAGAAAAAUGUUUACUCCACAAGCAAUCAAAUAUAGCUUCGCAAAAUGUAUCAGUGCCAGAGGGGCGUUCCUAGCCUUGAAAGCUAGCAAGCAGCCAGUGUAGCUAGCCACAGAGAGAGCACGUGUUAGACAAAGCUUCCGCUCUUUGUGGGGAAAACUUGCACAUUCUUGAAAACUACCUGGCAGAUGAUUGGAUGAACCAUCUAGCACAGGCCUGUAGAUGCAAACUGUAGAUUAUAGCCAUGGUGAUGCCAAGUUUGCAAAGCCUUUGUAUCACUUUUAGAAAUAUAGCAGUGUCUUCUCAGUAACAGGGUAGGCGAUUCCUUACGGCACGCUCUGCUUUAUCUUGGUUUCUUUCUAUAAUGCAAAUUACAAUAUAUAUGUCAUGUGUGCAGAAGGCUGUAAACCAGAGAUUGAGACUGCACACUCAUUAUCAACAUCUUAAAGGAGGUCAUGAAGUGAGCAGUAAGGUCAUUUUCCUCAUAGACUUUCCUUACAACUGGACCUUUUUGCAGCCAUACGCUGACAAAGAAUCCAUGUAUAAGACACUUCCACACUGGCUGCACUUUCAGAUGUGGAAGCAAUGUUCAUUUUGACUGGUGCAGCUACAAGCACAGAGUUUAAACCCUGGCAUGAUUGUGGAUCCUUCAAUCCAGAAGUCUGACAUAUUACCGUAGCUGUUGCAUAUGUCUGCAACAUUAAACUAAUUAAAAAUUACGUAUUUUGUUCAUUAGUUCAUGGUUCUGGCAGGAUUAGAUAUUCAGCUAGCUUGAAUUUAGCUUGCAUUAAUACCCCAAAAUGAGUCAUUCAAAACUGUAGACUAAAUAGCUAACUUAGAAAUGCUAAGCUAACCCUGUUCCUUAUUUUUGUCUCAGCUUUUACUCCACCAGUGCCUUCAGAGCAGCUCUUAUAGUUAAGAGCUUCGGUACAUGACAGCAAUUUCAAAAACAUGCAUUCUGUGUAGAAUCAACAUGGCUCUAUGUGACCUGCACUUUCUACCAUUUCCAUAUGUUCCCUAUCCCAUAUUUACCACUGAACGAUUUGUAAAUUGCAACAAACCACCUGUCUGGUGGUUUUGUAAAUGGUCGUUACAGUUACAUCAGCAGAUGUUGCAUCAGCGUUGGUGAGGGAGAGUAUUUGUAAUGCAUAGAGGCUGUAACUUGUACUGUUAUACUGCUAAAUUAAUCAGGAUUUGAUCAAAUAGAAUCAUGUUGUAAUGAAUUAACUGCAUUUUAUUAACCCUUUCCCAAAUUUUCCUGAUAAAUCGGUGCUAAGAUAUUUUAAAGUAGUAGCAUAUUGUAAGUAUUCGAACCACACCUGUACUGUACUGUAUAAUAAAGACUGGAACAGAUUCAUUUUA